CACCGGGGGGCUGUAGAGCACUCCAUGCCUGUCUCUCACUCCCCUUGCUUGCAGAGGUGGGGCCAUGGGGGUGGACUUUGACGUGAAGACGUUCUGCCACAACCUACGGGCAACCAAGCCCCCAUACGAGUGCCCCGUGGGCACGUGCCGCAAGAUCUACAAGAGCUAUAGCGGCAUCGAGUACCAUCUGUACCACUAUGACCAUGAGAAUCCCCCUCUGCCCCAGCAUACCCCCGUCCGCAAACACAAGAAGAAGGGGCGCCAGGCCCGGGCCGCCAACAAGCAGUCGCCCAGCCCCUCGGAGACCUCUCAGUCCCCGGGCCGGGAAGUCAUGACUUACGCCCAGGCCCAGCGCAUGGUGGAAGUGGACCUGCAUGGGCGCGUGCAUCGCAUCAGCAUCUUCGACAACCUGGAUGUGGUGUCGGAGGAUGAGGAGGCUCCUGAGGAAGUACCAGAGAAUGGGAGCAACAAGGAGAAUGCGGAGACCCCGGCCACCACCCCUAAGGCUGGCAAGCACAAGAACAAGGAGAAGCGCAAGGAUUCCAACCACCACCAUCACCACAGUGCCUCUGCAAGCACCACCCCCAAGCUCCCGGAGGUUGUGUACCGGGAGCUGGAGCAAGACACUCCUGAUGCCCCACCUCGCCCCACUUCUUACUACAGGUAUAUUGAGAAGUCGGCGGAGGAGCUGGACGAGGAGGUGGAGUAUGACAUGGACGAGGAGGAUUACAUCUGGCUAGACAUCAUGAAUGACCGGCGGAGGACGGAGGGCGUGAGUCCCGUCCCCCAGGAGAUCUUUGAGUACUUAAUGGACCGGCUGGAGAAGGAGUCCUACUUUGAGAGUCACAACAAGGGGGACCCCAACGCCCUGGUUGACGAGGAUGCCGUCUGUUGUAUCUGCAAUGAUGGAGAGUGUCAGAACAGCAAUGUCAUCCUCUUCUGUGACAUGUGCAACCUGGCAGUGCACCAGGAGUGCUAUGGGGUGCCCUACAUCCCCGAGGGCCAGUGGCUCUGCAGACGGUGUCUCCAGUCCCCCUCCCGGGCGGUGGACUGUGCUCUGUGCCCAAACAAGGGCGGGGCCUUCAAGCAGACGGAUGACGGGCGCUGGGCACAUGUGGUCUGUGCCCUCUGGAUCCCCGAGGUUUGCUUUGCCAACACUGUGUUCCUGGAGCCCAUCGACAGCAUAGAGCACAUCCCCCCAGCCCGCUGGAAGCUGACCUGCUACAUCUGCAAGCAGCGUGGCUCCGGGGCUUGCAUCCAGUGCCACAAGGCCAACUGCUACACCGCCUUCCACGUGACCUGCGCCCAGCAGGCCGGGCUCUACAUGAAAAUGGAGCCCGUCCGGGAGACUGGCGCCAACGGCACCUCCUUCAGUGUGCGCAAAACGGCCUACUGCGACAUCCACACGCCCCCCGGCUCUGUGCGCAGGCUGCCUGCCCUGUCCCACAGCGAAGGGGAGGAGGAGGACGAGGAGGAGGAGGAGGAGGGCAAAGGCUGGAGCUCAGAGAAGGUGAAGAAGGCAAAGGCCAAAUCCAGAAUCAAAAUGAAGAAGGCAAGAAAGAUCUUGGCAGAGAAGCGAGCGGCAGCGCCUGUGGUGUCAGUGCCUUGCAUCCCGCCUCACAGGCUCAGUAAGAUCACUAACCGGUUGAGCAUCCCGCGGAAGAGCCAGUUCAUGCAGCGGCUUCACAGCUACUGGACGCUGAAGAGACAGUCCCGCAACGGGGUCCCUCUGCUGCGCCGGCUCCAGACACACCUGCAGUCCCAAAGGAACUGCGACCAGGGGGCUUGGGAACUGUCUCCUGAGCUGUGCGGGGGCUCGCCCCACGGCCUUGUCUGCCUCCCGCUUGGCCGCGGCAGGAGGCAAAGGCUCACGCGGCCUGUUCUUGUGUUUCAGAUUAAGGUCCAGCAGGUGGCGCUGGAAAUGCAGCUGACCCCCUUCCUCAUCCUCCUCCGCAGGACUCUGGAGCAGCUCCAGGAGAAGGACACGGGCAACAUCUUCAGCGAGCCGGUCCCUCUGUCUGAGGUAACAGAAAUCUACGAAGUCCCGGACUACCUCGAUCACAUCAAGAAGCCAAUGGAUUUCUUCACCAUGAAGCAGAACCUGGAGGCCUAUCGCUACUUGAAUUUUGAUGACUUUGAAGAGGAUUUCAACCUGAUUGUCAGCAACUGCUUGAAAUACAAUGCCAAGGACACCAUCUUCUACCGCGCAGCCGUGCGGCUGCGGGAGCUCUCCCCGCGCAGCCGUGCGGCUGCGGGAGCAGAGCUGGAGAAGAUGGGCAUUGACUUUGAGACAGGCAUGCACUUUCCACACUGCAUCCCUGUGGACGAGGUGCUGCGCCGGGACACUGAGGAGGAGGAGGUGCGCUUGCUGCUCUCAGAGAACCAGAAGCACCUGCCCUUGGAGGAGCAGCUGAAGAUCUUGCUGGAGCAGCUAGACGAGGUCGGUGCUGGGAAGCAGAGCAUCGGGCGCUCCCGCCGUGCCAAGAUGAUCAAGAAGGAGAUCACGGUGCUGCGCCGGAAGCUUGCUCACCCUCGGGACAUGCUGGACAGGCACGGCCCCGCCGCCAGGGGCGCCCUGCAGUCCCACCGCACCUGCGAGAAGGACGUGCAGACUGACAGCGCUGCAGAGGAGAGCAGCAGCCAGGAAACUGGCAAAGGCCUGGGCCCCAACUCUUCCUCCACCCCAGCACACGAAGUUGGCAGGAGGACAUCUGUGCUCUUCUCCAAAAAGAACCCCAAAACUGCAGGUCCCCCCAAACGCCCUGGGCGGCCCCCCAAGAACCGAGACAGCCAGCUUGCUGCAGGGCAUGGGAGUAGCCCGAUAGGUCCCCCCCAGCUCCCAAUAAUGGGGGGGUCGCAGCGCCAGCGGAAGAGAGGCAGGAGCCCACGCCCAAGUUCCAGCUCUGACAGUGACAGUGAUAAAUCCACAGAAGACCCUCCCAUUGACCUGUCAGCCAAUGGCUUCAGCGGGGGGAGCCAGCCGGUGAAAAAGAGCUUCCUGGUCUACCGGAACGACUGCAGCCUUCCUCGCAGCAGCUCCGACUCGGAGUCCAGCAGCAGCAGCAGCAGCAGCGCUGCCUCGGAUCACACCAGCACAACGCCCUCAAAGCAGGGCAGAGGGAAGCCUUCCUUCUCCCGGGUGAACUUCCCAGAGGAUAGCAGUGAGGACACCUCUGGGACGGAGAACGAGUCCUACUCUGUUGGCGCGGGGCGAGGCGUGGGUCACAGCAUGGUGCGGAAGAGCAUUGGGCGUGGACCGGGGUGGUUGUCGGAAGAUGAAGACUCCUCUCUGGAUGCACUGGACCUGGUGUGGGCAAAGUGCCGGGGGUACCCAUCCUAUCCAGCACUGAUCAUUGAUCCGAAGAUGCCACGGGAGGGCAUGUUCCACCAUGGCGUCCCCAUCCCGGUGCCUCCCUUGGAGGUGCUGAAACUGGGAGAGCAGAUGACACAGGAAGCGCGAGAGCAUCUCUACCUCGUCCUCUUCUUUGACAACAAGCGCACCUGGCAGUGGCUGCCCCGCACCAAGCUUGUGCCGCUGGGUGUGAACCAGGACCUGGACAAAGAGAAGAUGCUGGAGGGCCGCAAGUCAAACAUCCGCAAGUCUGUGCAGAUCGCCUAUCACCGGGCCAUGCAGCAUCGCAACAAGGUGCAAGGCGAGCAGAGCAGCGACUCCAGCGAGAGCGACUGAGGCCUGUCUCGGCACGAGCACACGGCUCCGGCCUGGGCACUAAGUGCAGCUGGUCUGUACGGGCGCCGCUGGCACAGCCCCAGAGCUUGCAGCCUUCCAGUGGGUUAGAGCAGAAGCAGUGAGCCACCAGCUGCUGCAGAAGGCAGUGCCCAGCCUGGGGGUGCUGGAGAGUACAGGCCCCUAGUGCCAGGGCCCUUCCUGCAGGCCUGCUCCAUGGGAUUCCUGGCUCAUGUUUCACAUUCUGGGGGCAGGCCACUUGCCCAGUGAAGCCUCAGCCCUUCGACCUGACUGCUUCUCCCCAUGUGCAGCCGCACAGCCCCAGCGGGUGAAGUGCCCGUGCCCAUCGGGGUGCUGUAAAUACUGUACAGGACGGAGAAUUUAAAUUAUUCUCGGUUGUAGCCCGGCGCAGCGUCGUCGGGGAAGCAUUUUGGUACUAAGUCACCCUUCCGAGCGUGCCCCGCCCAGGACUCUGUACCCUUCCUUGCACCCUGUGCGACGGGACCGGCUGCCCUGCCACCGACUCGCGUCUCUUCCUCCCGUGCGGUCGGACGCGUGUUUGUAUUUAUUGGGAAGGGUGAAAAUCGAUUAAUUCUUAGGAAAUAAACCCUCUGCUGGGAGCCCUGCUUGGGCCUGUUGCU